AUGCAUAAAAUAUCAACUUCGAGAUCUGCUUCAUAGAAUAGAAUUACCUUAAUUAAUAAACUCAGUUCCCCUCUACAUACUCAAUAAGACAUACUAGAUCCAAAAAUCAACUCAAAGGAACUGAUUGAACAAUUACUCAAAACCAUCAAGAGGAAACCCACUUAAAAUGAGAAACCACAAAAAAGAAUACGCUCCAAUGCCAAUUCAGGUCAAAAAUUGGUUGAAAUCAAUAAAAAUGUCUUACACAUUAGAGAUUAUGAACCUGAACAAUAGACAUUCAAGAAAAUGCUCAAUAAAACUAUUUUACCUAAAGCACAACAAAUAUCCAAUUAUACUAUGUUGUAAUUCUUGGGCAAAGGAAAAUACAGUGAAGUCAAACUGGCUUGUGAAAUCAAUACUGGAAUACAUGUCGCACUUAAAAUAAUGAAAAAAGAAUAAAUUUCAUCAAUUUGGAAGAGUAUUGCAUAGGAAUUAAAAAUUUAAUACCUCCUCAAUCAUCCCAAUAUUGUUAAACUGUACACCUUCUUUCACACAAGUUAUUAUUAUAUCUUAUAUCAUAGCCACUGAAAUUGUGUUGGUAUUAGAAUAUUGUUGUCAUGGACAAUUACAUAAAUUAUUGAGAUCACUACCAGAAACCUGUUUUACUGAAAAGGUGGCUGCAUCCUACAUCAAACAAGUAGCUUCGGCCCUUAACUAUCUUCACAGAAAUGGCAUUAUUCACAGAGACAUCAAACCAGAAAAUAUAUUUCUAUGCUACAAUCAAAUUAAAUUGGCUGAUUUUACUCACUCAAUCUACUCUCCUCAAUAAGAAAGGUCUACUCAAUGUGGAUCAUUGGCAUACAUAUCUCCUGAAAUUGUCAAAGGAGAAACCUAUGACAAAAGCACUGAUAUGUGGUCAUUGGGAGUCUUAGCAUAUGAACUAUGCACUGGAGAAACUCCUUGGGAAGACCUUUCAUAUCAAGAAAUGCAGGAUAUGAUUAUCAGUGGCAAUAUUAGAUUCCCAAACAAAUUUUCAUCCGAAUUAAGGGACUUCAUAAAAAAUCUCAUUCAUGUUGAUCCAAAAUAUAGAAUGAAUGCAAGAUAGGCCCUUAGUCAUCCUUGGCUAAUUGAUAGUAAGUAGGAGAUUUCUUAAUUCACUAUUGAUGUAUGA